GGGGACGCCGAGCGCAAGCCGAGAGCUACCGCACCUCGGGUGACUUCGGGAGGUAGCAGCAGGGCCCGCCCCUCCCGGCAUUCCGAAGGCGACCUCGAGGACCCCGCCUGCAGAAUAAGGUCCAGCUGGGAGGAAACUUGCUUGCUUCUCCCCUCCUUGUGCAAAUGACUGGAGCUUAUUCCCAUGGCAUUCUGGUAUGCCAGGAACCAAGAAUAAAAUGAUCAAAGGCUGUAAAGCUGACAUAAAAUAGAAGCUCGUCAGACAAGAAAGUCCUACUGGGGAAGGCAGAGGAUGGAAAAUAAGGCGAAGCAUUGUUUUAUUAUAGCAGCAGGCCUUUGAAAUUUAACUAAAAAAAAAAAUGACUGCUCUUACCUCAGAGAACUGCUCUUUUCAGUACCAGCUACAUCAAACAAAUCAUCUCCUUGAUGGUAACUGUCUUUUACUCGUGAUUAUACUUGGGAAAAUAUUAUUAAAUAUCCUCACACUAGGAAUGAGAAGAAAAAACACCCAUCAAAAUUUUAUGGACUAUUUUUGCAUUUCACUAGCAUUCAUUGAUCUUUUACUUUUGGUAAACAUCUCCAUUAUAUCUUAUUUCAGGGAUUUUGUGCUUUUAGGUGUUAGGUUUACUAAAUACCACAUCUGCCUAUUUACUCAAAUUAUUUCUUUUACUUAUGGCUUUCUGCAUUAUCCAGUUUUCCUGACAGCUUCUAUAGAUUAUUACCUGAAUUUCUCUAAAACCACCAAGCUUCCCUUUAAGUGUCAAAAAUUAUUUUAUUUCUUUACAGUUAUUUUAAUUUGGGUUUCAGUCUUUGCUUAUGUUUUAGGAGAUCCAGCUAUCUACCAAAGCCUGAAGGUACAGAAUGCUUAUUCUUAUCAAUGUCCUUUCUACAUUAGCAUUCAGAGUUACUGGCUGUCAUUUUCCAUGGUGAUAAUUUUAUUUAUGGCUUUUAUAACCUCUUGGUCAGAAGUUACUACCUUGGUACAGGCUAUUAGGAUAACUUCCUAUAUGAAUGAGACUAUCCUAUAUUUUCCCUUUUCAUCCCACCCGAGUUAUACUAUAAGCUCUAAAAAAACACUCUUGCCUAAGUUCAUUAUCUGUUUUCUUGGUACCUGGUUACCAUUUGUACUACUACAGGUAAUUAUCCUUUUAUUUAAAGUACAGAUUCCAGCAUACAUAGAGAUGAACAUUCCGUGGUUGUACUUUGUCAAUAGUUUCCUCCUUGCUACAGUUUAUUGGUUUAAUUGUCACAAACUUAAUUUUAGAGACAUGGCAUUGCCUGUAGAUCCAUUUGUCAACUGGAAAUGCUGCUUCAUUCCACUUACAAUUCAUAAUCUUGAGCAAAUUGAAAAGCCUAUAUCAAUAACUGUUGAUAUGGUGCCAUGUUAAUACUAAAACUUAACAGCUAUAAGAAGCAGAAUUUUACAAAUGGUAAAGAAUGAUGACUUGGGACAUACAAAGAAUGAACUAAACUUAAGCUUCCCUACUCCGCCUUACCCCCAAACUUUCAUACGUUUUCACAGUGUGUCAUUUGGGGGCUAUGAUAUUUAUUAGGUUGGUUGGUUGGUUUUAAACAAAACACUUCCAACAAAAAAAUUUUAUACCUGUUGGCCAUACUGAUGUUUGUGUUAUCCAAAAAACUGUUAUGUAAAUCUGAGAUUCACUGUCAACAUUUCAGAUACGAGCUUAAACAUUUUUAUUAAACUCAGGGCAAGAAAGUCAGGAUCGUAUUCUUUAACAUUAGGGGAAAGAUUAGUUCUAUUUAAAUUUAGCUAAUUAAAAAAUAUAUAUUUCUGUUCUUAAUGCAAAUAUUCCAAAAGAAAAGUUUUGUUGCUUACCUUUCAGUAGUGACUAGGUCUCUUCCAUGACAUACCAAAUUCAUUUCCAGUUGUAACACACCUGGCACAUAUUUACAUAAUCACACAGGCAACGUAUCACAGUGUGAACGUACAGUUUCUUAUCCUGAGCACUACUGACAUUUAGGUUGGAUAAUACUUUGCUGUGGGGGCUGCUGCCCUGUGUGUUGUAGCAUGUUGAGCAGCAUCUCUGCCCUCUGGCCACUAGAUGCC